ACCAUUACAGUUUCCAUUAAAACCAUUGCAAAUUUUAUGAAGGUUUCUUUUUUUUUCUGCAGGGAUGGAUUGUGCAUUUCUCUGUCCACAGUAGUGUGAUGCCAUCUAAAAUAACCAUGCAAUCAAAUAAAUAAUCAAAGAAUUAUGAUUUGUAAUUUAUGGUUAAUUGGUCAAAAUGUUGUCUGUGUUUUUUUUUUCUUUGUUUGUAUGUAAAACUCUUGGAUUACUUAUGUGUUCAUUGAUCUUCAGUUAAAUGCAAAAGAUUGGUCAGUUUCUGGAGGAAACAGUACCUCGAUUUUAGAAUUAGUUUAUUUAAAAUGAAAAUGUUGAAAAUUAUUGAAGGAACUUAAAUGUCUUAAAUGAAAUGUCUGGUUUAAAUAUGUAAAAUAUUUGUGAUUUAAUAACGAAAGAAGCCGCACUUUAUGAAUUUAAGCAUUUGUUUUAGUAAGUUAUCUAUAAUAUAGGCUUGUAAUGCAGUCACAAAAAAAGUACACAGAUAAACAAACAAACAAGCAAAUAAAUAAAUAAAUACAUAAAGUAAACAAGUACUUCCGGGAUGUUUUGCGCUCUCUGUGUUGAUUAGUGUAAAGCCCGCCCAUUCUCAUUUGUAAUUGGUCAACACAUGUCGUUCACCUUCACCUGAUUUGCUAGGAGCGCUACUAGUUUAGCGCGACGUAAUUUCCGCAGACGGCAUCGCCUAUUGGUCGGAACAGGGCGUGUGUUUUUCAAUGAGGGCGGAAAAAAUGGAGAGGAGAUCCAGGCGAGUGUAGAGUACACACUCUGAGCUGCUGGAGAGAUGAAGGCGCUUAUAUACGGGUUCUACGUUGCGGCUCUCGCGCUGCUGCUGACGGGGCUGCGCGAGCUGCUGUUCGGCUUCGAGGAGAACCGGUGCAGCAUGACCUACAUGUUCGAGUAUCCCGAGUACCGGCGUGUCCAGCUCCCACGACGAGUGGCACGUCAGUACCCUGCCUAUGGACUCUACCUAUAUGGUGAAGGUCUGUACGCUCAAGAAACUCAAAAUCUCAAACUCAGCGGUGCUCCUGUGCUCUUCUUACCUGGAAAUGCUGGCAGCUACAAGCAAGCUCGUUCUCUGGGCUCCGUGGCAUUGAGGAAAGCUGAGGGGUUGGAUGGAGAAAUCCAUCUGAACGUCUUCACCAUCGAUUAUAAUGAGGAGCUGGUGGCCCUGUAUGGUGGAAGCCUGAUCCGGCAAACUCGCUUCCUCCAUGAGAGCAUCAAGGUCAUCCUGCAGCUUUACAAGAACCUUCCAGAUCCUCCGAGCAGUGUGGUGUUGGUGGGUCACUCUAUGGGUGGUGUGAUCGCGCGAGCUCUGUUCUCCCUCCCUCGCUUUAAUCCUCGCCUAGUCAGCCUUAUCCUCACCCAGGCCUCUCCUCAUCAGGCCCCUGUUCUCUCCUUGGAUCCUUUCAUACUCGAUUUCUACUCGUCUGUCAGGCGGUGCUGGAGUGCCAAGGCAGAGGAUUUGCGUAACGUGACUGUGUUGUCUGUGGGCGGUGGAUACCGUGACUAUCAGGUUCGCUCAGGCCUGACCACCUUGACCUGCCCAGCUGAGGACCUGAACAAGAUGGUCGUUGUGGUGACUGCUGUUCCCAGGACAUGGGUGUCUACAGAUCACCUGUCCAUCGUGUGGUGUAAGGAGUUGGUGCUGGCCACAGUGCGAGCGUUCUUCGACCUCAUUGAGCCUGAAACGGGGCAGUUCACAAAGGAUACCGAGAGAAGGAUGUCUGUACUGAAUCAUCACUUCAUUCGCCACCCAGUACGGCUCCCUGGAGAGCAAACCAACUCCCCUGUCAGCUUCUCAGGCACCCUGGAGGCCUGGAGUGAAGUGAACACGCUCCGUCUGUUCUACAGCGCUCCCAAGGAAGUUCGAGUUCAGUACUUCCUGUUUGCGCUUUCCAGCCGGAGGAAAGCCUACACACACUUCUACUGCCGCAACAGUAACCUGGAAAUGUCCAGCUGGCUCUUUGGCUGCACGCAGAUGAACGGCUCCAUGUGUGUGCAAGCAGUGGAUUUGUCCUUCAGAACAGAACUACUUCCAGCCUAUAAAGUCAGAAAUGUGAAACUGAGUGAGCUGUUUGCCAUCUCUCAUCUGGUCAUUGAUGCCUCAAACCCCAAUGCACGACAGUUUAUAGUGGAGUGUGAGUGGCAGAGAGAGGAAAGCCUGACUGUCCCAGUACCUGUCCCUCAUGUUCUCUCUUUCGGUUUGACAGUAAGUGAGGUCACCAUCAACUCGUCCGGUCUACUGCACACACUACAACUGCAACACUUUCACCAGGUUUAUCAGGCCUUUAAAAUCACAGUAAGCAGCCAAUGCAAGGUCACCAAAGAAAGACUUCCCAGUAUCUACAGAUUAAAGGUGCCGUGGUUUCGAGAGGAUUCCUUCAUCACAGCAAGCAUUCCCUCAGUCACAGAGAUUAGUGGCAUGCUGCACACCAGUCGCCAAGACAACACCUCAAGUGCCCUUUUAUUGCUCCACACUGCUCCCAACUGCCAGUACAAGGUCUCAGUGCGCGCCUCCUUCCCUAAAGUACUCGGACAGAUCCUGCGUUUCUGUGGACCUGCGUUGCCUGUGUAUGUGGCUGUGGCGUUGCUGCUCGCAUUAAAGAGUCAAAUGUCUUCUGUCCUGCGAACGGGUCGAGCCGUGAACACGAGAGACACUGUAGCUAAAGGUUUACAGCUACAUAAACUAGAGCCUCCUGUCCUGCUGCUGCACCUGCUCCUCAGGCAAGGCUGGUUUCAGGAAGGCUGGUCUGCUCUUGGUCUCCCUGCAGUAGACCUCUUGUCUUUAACCACGUUGGAAGACCUAUCCCAUGAUGUAGUGGGGCCUAAGCAGGACUGGCCCCGCCUUGUUUCACCACUGCUGUGCAUUCUGGGUGCUGCAGUGGCGUUUUGGGGAAGUGCUGUUCUCAGCAUGUCUUUACGCGCCCUGUCUUUCCUCUUGGCUCCACUGCACAGGCCUUCAGUCUCUCGCCACUGUGGUACCCUUCAUCUUCCCGCUCAGAUCCUCCUCAUCCUCAGUCUGACUGCGCUGGGCAGACUCACCUGCGGAGCCCUUUCAGUCACCGCCGGCUUUCUGCUCCACCUCUACCGGGUUCUCCGCUUACAGAUGACCGAGAGGUCUUUAAGUCACAUGCUGAACCUGGCACCACAAAGUAUGCAGCAGAACACAGAGAACGGCUGCAGCACUAGUGAAGGCCAGAGGAAGCAUAAUGAAUGUAACGGCACCCCACUCCUAUCCGAGUCAGCACUACAGGAGGUCAGAGAUGACUUGCAGCUUCACCAGAAUGUGUCUGCACUGCUUACUCUACCUGUGAUGCUCAGCGCACCGUCGCUCAUCUACUGGAGCCGAAACAUCAGAUAUUCGGCUCAUUUGGAUCCAGACCCAUUCUGGCCACACAUAUUGCCUCUGCUCAUCGCCUCUGUGCUACUCGUCAACUGCAAUACGCUCACUCUGAGCCACAGUAAGCUGAUGCUGUGGCCGACCUUGCGCCUACUGCUCCCUCUCAGUGUAGCCAUGUUGACCUUUUCUACUCUUCAUCUGUAUCGGGUCACUCACUUCCUCUCUGCUGCUCUGACGCUGCUGGCGGCUUCCUGUUACCUCUGACCCCAUCUCAACCCUCCAGACCAGACCAAAACAGCCUUAGCAUGUCCUUGCAUUGGUGGUUCUCUCACAGUGAUUCCAGUGGAUUUAAAUCAUGUGAUUGGUCAUGUGACAUCAUGCUGCUGAACAGGGUAACGGAAUCCCAUACGGAGUCACGCUGUCUCUAUUUAUUAACAUUUUCUCUUCGGGGUUGUGCUUACCAUAAACAUGGAAUCAUAAUGGUUGACCAGCACUAGGCUCAGCCUGCUUAUUUUGCGUUUGUGUUUCUUUGCUUCUGGUUUUAGUAUCAUUAGUUGAUUAUUUGUUUCGGGAGCUAGCAUGUCUUACCUAGCACAUCGUGUUAAACAGCACCAGUGAAGCACAUGGAUCCACAUGGUGGCAGUGCGUUCUCUUAUUAUUUGACAGUCAACACAACUAGCACAACCGCCUUCUGGAGAUAUGAACCUCAAAAGACAACAUCAACAAAUCCUGCAAUGUUUUUGUUUUGUUUUUGUUUUUUUACAAGGAAAUUUUUUCAGUUUCUCCAAAUUUACCUCAAAUGUAGUCAGUAGAUCAGCCAGCAGAACAUGAUGAACAGUGUUCUGCUUUGGAGCUACAACCUGACGCUGAGAUGUUGUAGACGUAGCUCUCUUGGAAAAUCAGAAUCAGUUGUUUCCUCCCAAUUCGCCUACUAUCCAUCCUAAAUAGUAUCCAAGAGUAGAAUUAGUAUGUCCCAAAUGGUAGUAUGUUGAAAUGAGCGUCCCAAGGGUACCCGGAUGGUCUGUAAUUUCCAGUAGAUUUUCAGAGGUAUGGAUCCUUGGACGCUUUUUCAGUGAAUAUUUCCCACAACUCCUUGUGCAAGUGAGGGAGGAGUUUUGUGACUUUUUUUUUUUUUUUUUUUUUUAAAAGAGGUUUUAGAGAGUGUAAAUGAAAUAUGAGAAAAUAAAUCAAGGGAAUGAUAUAGUAUAAAUGAUAUAAGGAAUUCUGAAUGAUGAAAAGCUGAAAUGCAACGAGGAGUUUGUUUACAUUAACAAUGUAACUGCGUAAUUGAGCAACAACGUUCUCUUCCAUUACAUGACAUGUUGAUAUGUCCCAGUACUUACAUACUCUUUUGCUAGACACUCAAAAGUAUGUAGUUUUUCUUCAAAAAAGAAUACAUACUUUUAGUACAUCGUAUAAAUAGGCGAACUGGGACACAGCGAGUUUCUUCCUCAGAACAUUUUGGUAUCGCUUUGCCCACCUGUUCAGCUAAAAUGAUGCUUUUACAAAAUUUAAUUACUUAAUGUAAAGAUAUAUCCAGACUUGUGGACAUAUUUCUGUAAAAAUUUUCACUUGAAAUGUUUGGAGCCUUGCAGCUCCAGUACAAAGCUAAAGAUGCAAACAUCGAGAAACUUGACUAAUCGAUUUGGGGUAAAUGGAGAAAACCGUUUAAAUCGUAAACAUGGAUUUUUAUAGCUUACUCCACUUUUCACUGCUAGCCUACAUCACUGUCAUUUUGUUAUUUCCACUCUAGUGUAGAAUGCUAAUUUAUUUGUUUAUUUUUUUAUUUUUUUAGGUUUUGAAGAGUACACCUACAUGUACAGAAUUUAUUUGAGAAUAAAAGGUCCUUUACUAUUUAGGGCAGGACCUUUUGUUCAUUCGUGAAUGCGUCAACGUGUCUGUUGAAUUCAGACAUAGUUAAAGCCAUCUUUAUGCUUUAGAGUGUGGACAAUGCAAUGUGAUUGUUGUAAACAUGUCAGUAGGGCUCACAUCGCUCUCCUUUUCUCCCGUUACUCUUUAGACAGUGUGGGCUGCCACUGCAGGAUCUCUGCUGUCACUCCGUGUUUAGAAUCAGUACACACCAAAUCGUCCCAGUCACUCACCCAAUCAGAUCAAUCAGAUUGAGAUCCAGUGCCUUUCUUCAUGCCCUGUUCACCAAUAAGGACAGAUCAAUGAUUGUCAAUCAGACCAGCGUUCAUGAUCUGCUUCAAUACUCCAUUCUCUCAGAAAUACAAUAGGAAACUGAAUUUCUCUGUUAUGUUGGACCAAGUUCCCAAAAACACACUGCUCUGAGGAAUGACAUGCUGGUGUGUCGGCUGCACUGUGAAUGUACUGUGUGCGUGUGUGUGUGUAUGAAAGUGUAGGCCUGGAUACUAAUCAGUGUUGCCGUACAUCGGUUUCUUCUUCCUUGUGGUGAAAUCUAAAUGCAAGCAGGUUUCUUUUUCUAGUGAAAUAUUUGCCAUGGGGUUUUGUAUAACUGUUGAUGUUUGUGAUUUUUUUCUUAAAUUGGUGUACACCGUGACAUGCUGUGAUUGUGAUGUAUUUCUACACCAUCAGGUCUGACUAUGGCAAAAAGUCACCAUUUUACAUGGUGAAGAAUGAAAUUCUACACAAUUUCCCCCUUAACCAAAAGUGCAGUCAGUCGGCCGAGACACGUUUGGUGUCCAGUGUUUUGAUUAUUUAGUGUUGCGAUGGAGUGAAGUCAUACAGACUAGCUGGUGUGGAUUAGGACACGGUGCAACUUCUAUAAACAUGAACGGAACCUCACCGUGUAGCUAAACGCUCAUAGAGGACAGCCAUCUUGGAAAAACUGGUUUCAGAAGAGUCUGGUAUCAUUUCUCUCCUCUCAGCCCCCGCCUCCUAAACCUUGACUGUAUUGGACAUUAUGGAUGAUAAUAUGGUCUUUAAACUGAAAUGUGCUUUUGAAAUAUGGACUUUCCCAAUUAUAUUUACAAAUCCGUUUUAUUAAAAUUGAGGUUAUGUAGCUUAACAUUGCUAUUUGGAACAUGCAUAUGAAGUUUAAAAGAUUUCCAGAUUUAUUAUACCAUUAGCUUUAAAUGUCAGACACCAAACAUGUCUCAGCUUUUUGACUACACUCUGAGUAAAGGAGAAAUUGCCCAAAUUCAAUCUAUUCCUUUAAUAAUUUGCUCACUUAAAUAAGCGAUUCUGUGUGGAAACAGAUCCUGUUCUUGUGUAUUGUAGAAAUCUGGAGGGACUGUGUGAAAUCUAGAGGAACUACUCCUGCAGUCUCCAGUGUGAAAAAAGAAUGGUUCACAACAAGAUCUAUUCUCCCAAAUGUCAUUGAUCGGGAUCGAGUUUCUUUACAAAUAUUGCUGUUUUACUGUAAUAGUUUAAUUUCAUAACUACUAAAGCACAGUUGAGGUCAUGGGGCCAGGUUUACAUACAUCUUGCAGAAUCUGCCAAAUGUUAAUAAUUAAAAAACUAUUUAAAAAAAAAAAAAAAAAAGGAUAAUAAAAAUGGCAUUGCAUUUGGUUUUUUAUUUAGUGCGGCCCAGAAUAAGCUAUUUCACAUAACAGAUGUUACUGAAUUUACACAAAUAAACCAGUACAAACAUUUACAUUCACUUGAUUCUUAAUACUGCGUGUUGUUGCCUGGAUGAUCAACGACUGUGUUUGUGUCGUCAUAGAUGUUUACAAGUCCCUUGUUUGUCCUGAGCAGUUAAAUCUCUGAUUUGGCUACAUCACUCUCCUCUUCUCUCCACCAACAGCUGGUGUGUGGUGGACAUUCUGGCACAAUAGCUGCCGUCGUUUCAUCCAGGUGGAUGCUACACACUAGUGGUGGUUGAGGAGAUUUCCCCUCCAUACAAUGUAAAGCACUUUCUCUAGAAAAGCACUAUAUAAAUAUAAGGAAUUAUUAAAAGGUGCAAACAUUCACUGAUUCUCAAGAAAGCAACACGAUACAUUAAGAGCUGGGUGGUGUAAACUUUUGAACAGGAAGAUUGGUGUAAAAUUAUUUUGUUUAAAGUUCCCCCCCCACCCCCCCCCCCAAUUCAGUACUACCCUUCAGAAGCUACAUGAGAUAUUUCCAUGUUUCCCAGAAGAUAAAAUAAUACCAAUAACGACUUCUGCAAGGCAUAUGUAAACUCAUGACCUUAACUGUAAGUUAGAGUUUGGUCUAAUAUACAACCAGCACCAUAUUUCCUGGAGAGAACCUUCUCUUUUUACACCAAUGUAGAUUUAACUCUUCACAAUACAUACAGCUAAAGCAAUACGUCGGGUACGAAGGGUUUAAGUGUGGAAUUAAAGCUACAAGCGUUCUGGUCUGAAAUUUGAUGAAGGAAGUCGGAGUAAUUAGUGUGUGUAUAGAGAAUAUUUUUAUUUAUUAUUUACUCGACUCGCAGCUCACUGCCUCAUGAACCAAAAUACUGUUGUGGCAUACCAAAAUUAGAUUAGAGUGGACACAACCUGCCAUACAGAUGACUUCAUAUAACUGUAUUAACCUGAAUGUAUGUGGUAUUUUUUUUCUAUUAAAAAAUUGACUGGUUUGGUAAGUUAUAGUGUUUAUUUAAAGUAAUCUGAUGUAUUACUGUUUUGUGUUUUUUUUGGUGGUGGUGGUGGUUUCCUUUCACUACUUUUUCACUUUUUUAAUACGUUUGUUAAGGUGUAUUGAACCAAGGUAUUGAAUCGAUCACCCCAUGUUCCUUGUUUAAGCUUUGUGUUUUACAGGACAGUAGUAAUGUUUUAUUCUCAUGAACAAAUUAGACACAUGUACAGAUUAAUCAUUUGAGUUGCUUUUCUUGAUUUGAAUAACAUUCUGUGCUAACAGACAAUGAAAGGCCUUUUCCUCGUGCCGCUCUGUUUAAGGCAGUAUCUGUAUACUGUAUAAGUACACAAUAUUCUCCAUGAAUGAAAGCUAACACUUUAUUAUUAUUAUUAUUAUUAUUGUUAUUAUUAUUGGUCCACUUGAAAUGAAACCGUCUUUAAGCUACAUCACUUGUGCUUAUUGUUGUCUUAAUGCAGCGACUAAACCUUUAAUUAUUUGUUAUUCAUCAAGAAUAUUUGUUAUAUGAUGUGAUACUGUAAAUGCUGCCAAUGACAGAAUAAGAAUGAAACAUGUUCGUUCUUUUUCUGAAGGGUUCUUGUAAAGGAUUUAUUGCUAUUUAGUGCUGGGCAGUGUAAGGGAGCAUUGUCUACUGUUUUGUUUUAAUACCGAUUUCUUGAAUCUAACAGAGUGUGUACGAUCAAACAAAGUAAAUGUUCAAAGCUUAGAGACUUGAUAUAGUCCUGUAAUUAAUCAAGUGCAAGGCUACUGCUGAUUGUUGCCAAGGUCGAGUGACCAAGUGAACUUUUGUUCAUUCUCAGGAUAUAAAGUUGUUGUAAAGUUGUGUUGUGAAGCUGUGUGGUGGCUUUUAAUGUUAUUUUUAAAUUUUAUUUUAAAUAUGUGUGUGUGUGUGUGUGUAUAUAUAAGCUACACAUUUUAACUAAUGUUUACAUGAAAUUUGUGAGAACUGUUAAAAAAAAAAAAAUAAAUAAAAUGGUGAAUGUUUCGA